AGGAAGGAUAAAGCUAUUGACAAAUGGCGCGAUAUAUAAGCGGAGUUCGGGACCUAACAUUUACAGUAGAAGUUCUGCAUCAACCAGUCAUCAUGUUCACAUACGUCGCAAUUGCCUGCGUCUUGGGGAUGGCUGCAGCUGCACCCUCAUACCCUCUAGUCGAUUCCAUUUCAAUCCCCCGCUACGGCUUCAACUACGCCGUAAGCGACCCCCUGACCGGCGACAACAAGGCGCAAACUGAGCACCGCGACGGCGGCGUUGUCAAGGGCUCGUACUCCCUCGCGGAACCAGACGGCACCAUCCGCGUUGUGGACUACGCAGCCGACCCUGUCUCCGGGUUCAACGCCGUCGUCAAAAGAAUCGGACCGGCCGCACACCCGCAGCAAAUACACCUGCCAGUCACUAAAAUUGCCCCUGUCGCCCCUAUUGCUAUCGCCCAGGCUCCUAUAGUCGCCACGAGCGCGUGGGGCCUCGGACUAGGAUCUUUGGGCCUUGGUAACUUGGGCCUGGGAAGCCUCGGACUCUCCCACGGAGGCUGGGGCCUCGGCGCUGGACUGGGCCACGGCUUAUGGUCCCACUAAUGAUU